AUGGCUCCAGAGAUCGGGGGUGGGCACGAGUGAAAAAGUGCGGUCUGACAAGAAGAAGCAAGGCCUGCUGUCAAUUUUUGCCAACCAUUGUAGCUUUGUGACCGGCCAGAGGCUUCGACGCGCUUAUCAGAUUGGAGAGCUUUACUCAAACCUGUACUCGGAGCGAACCAGGUGGACCCUGGUAGGAAGCAUAUGGCGUCGACUCCAGAGCAAGCACGCCUCCACGGGGAAGCUUGUGGCUGCACUGGCUGGUGUAUUCAUGUGGGAGGACGAGAAGGUUCGAGAUGAAGAACUACACAGGUACAUGCUGUUAACGUUACUUACAAUUAACCAUUAAGGCCAGAGGCGGUGUGGUGUAUGGACAAUACCACAUCAAGGGCUGUUCUUAAACACGACGCAACGCGGAGUUGCUGGAUACAGCCCUUAGCCGUGGUAUAUUGGCCAUAUACCACAAACCCCCGAGGUGCCUUAUUGCUAUUAUAAACUGGUUAUCAACGUAAAACUGUAAAAAUACAUGUCAUACCCGUGUGGCAGUCAGGCAAUCAACAUUCAGGGCUCGAACCACCCAUCUUAUCAUGUUAAACGUGUGCAUAUUGUACUGUGCCACAUUGUACACAGAUUUUUCCCAAUUGUUUAAUGCAGGUGUGGAAUGUUAGGCCUACCUUUGCUUCAAUCUUGUCCUGUAAGGUGAAAGCGGGCAAUAUGCUUCGCUUCAAAUACAAUUGUAUUUGUCCUAUGCGCUGACUACAACAGGUGUAGACUUUACCGUGAAAUGCUUACUUUACAAGCCCUUUCCCAACAAUGCAGAGUUAAAAAUUGCGAAAUUAACAAAAAAGGAAAUAGUAACACAAAAUGGCUAACACUAUAUACAAGGAGUAACGGUACCGAGUCAAUUUGCAGGGGUAUGUGGUAGUGGAGGUAAUUAUGUACAUGUAGGUAGGGGUAAAAGUGACUAGGCAAUCAACCACAGGAGGUUGGUGGCACCUUAAUUUGGGUAAUGGCCCGAGUGGAAUUAGUGGAAUGGUAUCAAAUACAUCAAACAUGGUUUCCAUGUGUUAGAUGCCAUUCCAUUGGCUCGUUAUGAGCCGUCCUCCCCUCCGCAGCCUCCACUGCAAUCAACAUAUAAUAAACAGCGUAGCAGCAGCGUGUGUGAGUGGCGUCAAUAUGCGUGUGUGAGCGUAUGUAGUCUACAGUGCCUUCAGAAAGUAUGCAUACCCUUUUGAUUUAUUCCACAUUUUUGUUGUUACAGCCUGAAUUCAAAAUGGAUUAAAUAAAAAUUCUCCCCCAUCUACACACAAUACCUCAUAAUGACAAAGUGAAAAUAUGUUUUUAGAUUUUAGCAAAUCUAUUAAAUGAAAUACAGAUCUAAUGUAUAUGUAUUCACACCCCUGACUCAAUACUUUGUAGAAGCACCCUUGGCAACGAUUGCGGCUGUGAGUCUUUCUGGGUAAGUCUUUUAAGAGCUUUCCACACCUGGAUUGUGCAACAUUUAGCCAUUUUAUUAUUUUCAAAAUUCUUCAAGCUCUGUCAAGUUGGUUGUUGAUCAUUGCUAGACAACCAUUUUCAGGUUUUUACCAUAGAUGUUCAAGUAGAUUUAAGUCAAAACUGUAAAAUCGGGCCACUCAGGAACAUUCAUUGUAUUCUGGGUAAGUAACUCCAGUGUAGAUUUGGCAAUGUGUUUUAGGUUAUUGUCCUGCUGAAAAGUGAAUUCCUCUCCCAGUGUCUGGUGGAAAGCAGACGGAACAAGGUUUUCCUCUAGGAUUUUGCCUGUGAUUAGCUCCAUUCUGUUUUUGUUUUUUUUAUCGUGAAAAAUUCCCCAGUCCUUAACGAUUACAAGCAUACCCAUAGCACGAUGUAGCCACCACUAUGCUUGAACAUAUGGAGAGUGGUACUCAGUAAUGUAUUGGAUUUGCCCCAAACAUAAGAUUGUAUUCAGGACAAAAAGUUAAUUUCUUUGCCACAUUUUUUGCAGUAUUACUUUAGUGCCUUGUUGCAAACAGGAUGCAUGUUUUGGAAUAUUUUUUUUAUUCUGUACAGGCUUUCUUCUUUUCACUGUUAAUUAGGUUAGUAUUGUGGAGUAACUACAAUGUUGUUGAUCCAUCCUCAGGUUUCUCCUAUCACAGUCAUUAAACUCUGUAACUAUUUUAAAGUCACUUGGCCUCAUGGUGAAAUCCCUGAGCGGUUUCCUUCCUAUCUGGCAACUGAGUUAGAAAGGACAAUUUUUUUUACCCAUCUACCAAUAGAUGCCCUUUGUGAGGCAUUGGAAAUCCUCCCUGGACUUUGGUUGAAUCUGUAUUUGAAAUUCACUGCUCGACUGCAGGACCUUACAGGUAAUUGUAUCUGUGGGGGACAGAGAUGAGGUAGUCAUUCAAAAAUCAUGUUAAACACUUAUUGCACACAGUCCAUGCACUUUAUGUGACUUGUCAAGUAAAUGUUUACUCCUAAAUGUAUUUAGUCUUGCCAUAAAAGGGGUUGAAUAAUUCUUGACUCAACAUUUCAAUAAACAUAAUUCCACUUUGAUAUUAUGGAGUAUUGUGAGUAUGCCAGUGACAAAAAAAAUCUAAAUUAAUACAUUUUAAAUGCUGGCUGUAACAGUGGAAAAAGUCAAGGGUGUGAUUACUUUCUGAAAGGUAUGUGUUGGAGUGUCAAUGUAGUAUGUACAGUGGGGAGAACAAGUAUUUGAUACACUGCCGAUUUUUGCAGGUUUUCCUACUUACAAAGCAUGUAGAGGUCUGUCAUUUUUAUCAUAGGUACACUUCAACUGUGAGAGAUGGAAUCUAAAACAAAAAUCCAGAAAAUCACAUUGUAUGAUUUUUAAGUAAUUAGUUUGCAUUUUAUUGCAUGACAUAAGUAUUUGUCUGAAGUUUGCCAAUGACCAUCUGGAUGAUCCAGAGGAGGAAUGGGAGAAGGUCAUGUGGUCUAAUUAGACCAAAAAGCUCUAUUUUUGUCUCAACUCCACUCGCUGUAUUUGGAGGAAGAAGAAGGAUGAGUACAACCCCAAGAACACCAUCCCAACCGUGAAGCAUGGUGGUGGAAACAUCAUUCUUUAGGGAUGCUUUUCUGCAAAGGGGACAGGACGACUGCACCGUAUUGAGGGGAGGAUGGAUGUGUGGCCAUGUAUCGCGAGAUCUUGGCCAACAACCUCCUUCCCUCAGUAAGAGCAUUGAAGAUGGGUCGUGGCUGGGUCUUCCAGCAUGACAACGACCCGACACACACAGCCAGGGCAACUAAGGAGUGGCUCCGUAAGAAGCAUCUCAAGGUCCUGGAGUGGCCUAGCCAGUCUCCAGACCUGAACCCAAUAGAACAUCUUUGGAGGGAGCUGAAAGUCCGUAUUGCCCAGCGACAGCCCCGAAACCUGAAGGAUCUGGAGGUCUGUAUGGAGGAGUGGGCCAAAAUCCCUGCUGCAGUGUGUGUGCAAACCUGGUCAAGACCUACAGGAAACGUAUGAUCUCUGUAAUUGCAAACAAAGGUUUCUGUACCAAAUAUUAAGUUCUGCUUUUCUGAUGUAUCAAAUACUUAUGUCAUGCAAUAAAAUGCAAAUUAAUUACUUAAAAAUCAUACAGUGAUUUUGUGGAUUUUUGUUUUAGAUUCCGUCUCUCACAGUUGAAGUGUACCUAUGAUAAAAAUCACAGACCUCUACAUGCUUUGUAAGUAGGAACACCUGCAAAAUCGGCAGUGUAUCAAAUACUUGUUCUCCCCACUGUAUGUGUAAACUCCAGUGAGUGUUCAUAGAGCCGGUGCAAGAGUCAGUGCAAAUAAAAAGGGGGUCAAUGCAAAUAGUCAGGGUAGCCAUUUGAUUAACUGUUAAGCAGUUUUAUGGUUUGGGGGUAGAAACUGUUCAGGAGCCUUUUGGUCCCAGACUUGGCGCUCCUGUACCGCUUGACAUGCGGUAGCAGAGAACCGUAUGACUUGGGUGUCUGGAGUGCUUGACAAAUUUUAGGGCUUUCCUCUGACACCGCCUGGUAUAGACAUCCUGGAUGGCAGGGAGCUCGGCCCCAGUGAUGUACUUGUCUGUACGCACUACCCUCUGUAGCGCCUUACGGUCGAAUGCCAAGCAGUUGCCAUACCCAGCACAAGGUGCACCUCUGUAAUGAUCAUGCUGUUAAUCAGCUUCUUGAUAUGCCACACCUGUCAGGUGGAUUGAUUAUCUUGGCAAAGGAGAAAUGUUGACCAACAGGGAUGUAAACAAAUUUGUUCAACAUUUGAGAGAGAAGCUUUUUUUUGCGUAUGGAAAAUUUUCUGGAAUCUUAUUUCAGCUCAUGAAACAUGGGACCAACACUACAUGUUGCGUUUUAUAUUUUUGUUCAGUGUAAAUAUUCUAACGAGCGCAAAGAAAUUGCAAAAAAAGGCAAAUCCAGCUCAAAGUUAUACAUGUAUAGGUAGUACAUUUUUGGUGAGUUGUGACAUUUAAAAGUGACUGUAAACCAGCGACAUUGUGCAAAUGAACAAAGUUUUGACAUGCUUGUCUGUAGGACGAACCGUACUCUCUGUGUGGAGUCGCUAGGGCAACGGGCCUGCCUGCUAUGCUUGGAGAAGAUUGGGGAGCAGCAGACAGCCGAGAACGGAGAGGAGAAGAAAAAAACCUGCAAGGAAAUCAAGACUCAUAACUCAUCCAAAGGGCUUGGAUUUCUCAAACACGGCAGAAAGCUAAUGCAAUAUGAUGCCCCGUCACCUUAUUAAUUCAGCCACUUACUUAGAUAACGCGACCCCUAAGCUUAACUUGCUAGUUAACGCAGAAUUUUGCGUUUUUCCACGCAGAAAAAAACCUAAUACGAACAGACUAUUUUUGUGCUUCGGUUGCAUUCACCAACAGGUAAGUGUAGCUACUGUUUUCGGUGUAGCCAGCCUACUUUUCUCCGGUAAAAUGCAAGAUUAACUUUAAGAAAAACAUUAGGAAAUGUAGCUGGCUACAUUCUUUCUGUGAUACAGAACUAUGAUAGCCAUGCAUCGUUUUUGCAAAUAUACCUUUUUUUCAUUGUAAACUCAUUUACUUGUGUGACUGCCAGACAAAGCAUUGCACUUCUGUUGUCAUCUGAUGAAAAUGAAUGUGCGGUUUUGUCAUACAACACAAUGCCACAGAUGUCUCAAGUUGAGGGAGCGUGCAAUUGGCAUGCUGAAUGCAGGAAUGUCCUCCAGAGCUGUUGCCAGAGACUAGAAUGUUUAUUUAUCUUCCAUAAAUCGCCUCCAACGUCGUUUUAGAGAAUUUUGGCCAUAUGUCCAACCGGCCUCACAACCGCAGACCACGUAUGGCAUCGUGUGGGUGAGCGGUUUGCUGAUGUCAACGUUGUGAACCGAGUGCCCCAUAGUGGGGUUAUGGUAUGGGCAUGCAUAAGCUACGGACCACGAAUACAAUUCUAUUUUAUCGCUGUCAAUUUGAAUACACAGAGAUGCUGUGAGAUUGCCAUUCAUCCGCCGCCCUCACCUCAUGUUUCAACAUGAUAAUGCACGGCCCCAUGUCGCAAGGAUCUGUACACAAUUCCUGGAAGCUGAAAAUGUCCCACUCCUUCCAUGCUCUGGAUCAACGUGUACGACAGCAUGUUCCAGUUCCGCCAAUAUCCAGCAACUUCGCACAGCCAUUGAAGAGUGGGACAACAUUCCACAGGCCACAAUCAACAGCCUGAUCAACUCUAUGCGAAGGAGAUGUGUCACACUGCAUGAGGCAAAUGGUGGUUGCACCAGAUACUGCCUGGUUUUCCGAUCCACAUCCCUACCUUUUUAAUUUUAAGGUACCUGUGACCAACAGAUGCAUAUCGGUAUUCCCAGUCAUGUGAAAUCCAUAGAUUAGGGCCUAAUGAAUUUAUUUCAAUUGACUGAUUUCCUUGUGAACUGUAACUCAGUAAAAUUAAAUUGUUGUUCAGUGUAGAUUAAAACUCUCUUGGUAAGUAGGAUGAUCUACAGCUUAUCAUGAGGUAUUCUAACUUGGGCGAGCAGAACCGAGACUUCCUUUAAUAUUAGUGAAUUGUGUACCAGCUGUUAACUAAAGACCCCCCCCCCCCCCCUCCCAUCACAAAUCAUUAUAACAAUCCCUCAUUUUCUUUAUUUUUGUUGUUGCAAGAAGAAUUCCAUUAAUAUAACAUUAAUUGACCCAAACACAACAUACAAAUGAAUUCCUAACCUCUUGAUUCAUGACAAUUUGUAAGUUACAUGGAAAUUAUAUUCAAAUGAAUAUAUCCCAAUAAAAAUAACUUCAGUCUUGCUUUCCAUGUUCCUAUUGAAUUAUCACUAAAAACAUUAGACUUCAACAGCGUUUAAAUUACCAUAUUCCCCCACAAUCUUUGCAUCUCUAUUCGUACUCUUAAUACCUUUCUGUAUGUCUCUAAUAUUUCCCAUAGCUUUAGUUAAAUUCCCAAUACCUUCCAAUUCUGAUGGCAAGCAUGUGUAUCUCUCCCCAGGCAUAUUAGGGGAACAGAGUCAGGGUUGAACAGAGUUGAAUAUUGUAACUAUUAACAGUCUUGAAUAUCCAAGCAAUUGGGUCUGAAAUGUCACUCAUGGGACACUAUGCAAUUGAUAAUCGCAUAGCAUUGGAUGCUAUUAUAGUAGAUAAAGGGGGAAUGUAUGUGAUUAUAGGGGGAGAAUCAUGUUGUACUUUACAUUUACAUCAUUUAGCAGAUGCUCUUACCCAGAGCGACUUACAAAUGACAAUUCUUAGUGAUUCACAUUGGUCCUAUCACUCAAAAACUAAAACCCUCAACUUUAUCACCCAUUACAACUGUCACAAUGUACACUUGUAUUAACAUACAGUAUAAAUAUCCAUAAUUCUAUUAUGACAUUCCUCAUCCUGAGAAUAACUACAGAUCAUUAUCUCAAUGCAUUAUUAAUACUAUUAAUUUAGCAGUGUAUAUACCUCUUACCCAAAUUAUCAAAUUUAGAUAAAUCAAUGUUUUUAUUACCACAGCUAAGCAUCCCCUUUUUUCUCCGGCACUUAAAUCUUCUGGCGUCUCUUCAUUAUGUUCUUCAGACAUCUUCAUAGCUCAAAAUGCAUUGCCCAUGACAAUAUCCCAACUUCAAUGUCUCAGUCACCACCAUCUAUCUCUACACCCCAUUGUCUUGUCCAUUUGCCAACCAUUAUACCAACAACAUGAGAAAUGUUGUAUUUGAAACGAUCUUUCUCCAUUCUCACUCAAUGGUGGACUCCUGUCCCACUCUCUCGAUAUAAAAACAUGAGAAAAUCAGUUGAAAGCUUCGAUUGGCUGUUGUACACCGGUUGCAGGUAGAAGUGGUGCUGUUUAGGAACGUCUUCAACGCCUCCGAUAUUCAUCUUCAGCCGGUUCAGAGAUUAUUUAUUUAAGGUUCACACCAUUCUAUGCCAAAUUAUCCAUGCUAUGCAUCAAGACACCAUCUGUAUUUACCUCAAUAAAAGACUAAACAUAAGUUGAGUUGAUUUCAUUUCUAAUCCAAGAAACCAUAUAAGCAUUGACUUAUUUGACAAAUAAUUAUGUUUUACCAAUUAUUCUUAAUACCAAUACUAAUAUACUUCCCAAUUUCUGUUAGGUAAACCCUCCAAAUACAGAUAAAUGAAUGAUGUGACAGUCAGGUGAUUCUUGAAAUUCUGGAAGAUCUUGGAGGUCUUGUAGGUCUGUCCCUCCUCCGAGGGAAUCAGCCAUCACACGUAGCUCAUCAGUAGAAUUCCUCUUGCCAUCGUCUCCCAUCACCUGAUCCUCGUCAGCUCCAGCAUCCUCAGCUCCCUCAUCUCUAGGUCGUCGGUUUCCUCGUAGUACUCUGUUGCAUCGGUUUAGAUGAUACCAGGUCGAUCUCCCCUCUAUCCAUACAUCCGUUGGUGUAGACUGGGUGACGAUGUAUGGUCCUUUUUAGAUCUGACCCUUCUUCCUUCACUAUGGUCUAGGAUCAUGCAGAAUUCUUCUCCAUUUAUCAACAUCGCUCUGUGGAGUGUGUCCUCCUCGCAGCGUACCAAUAGGGAAGUUGAGAGUCCCUGCUGCAAAAACACAGACACAAAAGAAAACAAUGCUCCGCAGUGGCGACGCCAUCUUCCUCCUCUGAUUUGGAAUACUCCUACAGUGGGACAAAUAGAUGCAGGUAUCUCUCGCUCUUACUUUCCCCUCCAUCGAGAUAGCCAGCAAAACCUAGUACUGACCUCCCCACCUAGGUUUUGUCCAUCUGACUUCUUUAAUCCUUUACCGCCAGUCUCCCAGGUGCAUACAAUGCCCAGAUUCUCCUGCUAGGUUUGGCAGAGAAGCCUUCACCCUUUGGGAAGAAAGUCUUAGCAACAUUGUUAGGUGCGACACCGUAUGCUACUAUAUCCUGUCUUCAUAUCAGUCAGUAGAAGCCUUGAUAUUAGGGUGUGCACAUUUUUGCAGCUUGUUAUAGGUCACUAGUUUGAUAGACAGGCCGCCUCUACAUACUGCCUUAUACCACACAUACACUUUCACUUAAAAAAUGUAAUCUAACACAUUAAUUACUACUGCUCAUAUUCUUAAUACAAUUUGCAUAUUUACCAAAAAGCCUUAUGCGAGCAGUACUCUUCCCCCCCCCCCCCCCAUGAUUCAUACGUUCAAAAACAAAACAACAGACUGUUCAGGAGUCUUAUGGCUUGGGGGUAGAAGCUGUUGAGAAGUCUUUUGGACCUAGACUUGGCACUCCGGUACCGCUUGCCGUGCGGUAGCAGAGAGAACAGUCUAUGACUAGGGUGGCUGGAGUCUUUGACAAUUUUGAGGGCCUUCCUCUGACACCGCCUGGUAUAGAGGUCCUGGAUGGCAGGAAGCUUUGCCCCAGUGAUGUACUGGGCCGUACGCACUACCCUCUGUAGUGCCUUGCGGUCGGAGGCCAAGCAGUUGCCAUACCAGGCGGUGAUGCAACCAGUCAGGAUGCUCUCGAUGGUGCAGCUGUAGAAUUUUUUUGAGGAUCUGAGGACCCAUGCCAAAUCUUUUCAGUCUCCUGAGGGGGAAUAGGCUUGGUCGUGCCCUCUUCACGACUGUCUUGGUGUGUUUGGACCAUGAUAGUUCGUUGGUGAUGUGGACACCAAGGAACUUGAAGCUCUCAACCUGUUCCACUACAGCCCCGUCGAUGAGAAUGGGGUUGUGCUCAGUCCUCUUUUUUUUCCUGUAGUCCACAAUCAUCUCCUUUGUCUUGGUCACGUUGAGGGAGAGGUUGUUGUCCUGGCACCACACGGCCAGGUCUCUGACCUCCUCCCUAUAGGCUGUCUCAUCAUUGUCGGUGAUCAGGCCUACCACUGUUGUGUUGUCGGCAAACUUAAUGAUGGUGUUGGAGUCGUGCCUGGCCAUGCCGUCAUGGGUGAACAGAGAGUACAGGAGGGGACUGAGCACGCACCCCUGAGGGGCCCCCGUGUUGAGGAUCAGUGUGGCAGAUGUGUUGUUACCUACCCUUACCACCUGGGGGCGGCCCGUCAGGAAGUCCAGGAUCCAGUUGCAGAGGGAGGUGUUUAGUCCCAGGAUCCUUAGCUUAGUGAUGAGCUUAGAGGGCACUAUGGUGUUGAAUGCUGAGCUGUAGUCAAUGAAUAGCAUUCUCACGUAGGUGUUCCUCUUGUCCAGGUGGGAAAGGGCAGUGUGGAGUGCAAUAGAGAUUGCAUCAUCUGUGGAUCUGUUGGGGCGGUAUGCAAAUUGGAGUGGGUCUAGGGUUUCUGGGAUAAUGCUGUUGAUGUGAGCCAUGACCAGCCUUUCAAAGCACUUCAUGGCUACAGACGUCAGUGCUACGGGUCGGUAGUCAUUUAGGCAGGUUAUCUUAGAGUCCUUGGGCACGGGGACUCUAAGACAUUACAACAGGGGCAUCGGUAGACACAAUAUAAGUAACCUAAUUUAUGUCCCUCUAACUGUCCUGAAUGCCUCUGCUGAUCCUACAGCUAUUGUAUGCAGUAAUCAUGUGCCUAAGAACCAGAUUUAUACUGUUAGCACUGAGCCGGUGUGCCCGAGGAGGAAGGCCACUGUGUGCAGCUCACCCUGCACUAACAUAAAUAACAUGACCACAUCUACUGCUGCUAAGCUUCCCAGUAAAGCAAUAAAAACAAGUAAGCAUCACAGAAGAAAAGUGCUUAAAAUAGCCCACGUUAACAUAUGAGCUUAAGAAACAAGGUUCAUGAAAUCAAUAAUUAGCUAGUAACAGAUGACAUUCAUAUUCUGACUAUCUCUGAAACUUACUUAGAUAAUACCUUUGAGGAUACAGUGGUAGCAAUACAAGGUUAUAACAUUUACAGAAAAUAUAGAAAUGCCAAUGGUGGAGGUGUUGCUGUUUUUAUAUUCCGAACCACAUUCCUGAGAGGAUCUCAUGUUAAAUACUGUUGAAGUAAUAUGGAUACAGGUUCAUCUACCUCACCUAAAGCCAAUUUUGGUGGGAAGCUGCUAUAGACAACCAAGUGCUAACAGUCAGUAUCUGGAUAACGUGUGAAAUGCUUGAUAAUGUAUGUGAUGUCAAUAGAGGUAUACUUUCUGUGUGAUUUUAAAUAUUGACUGGCUUUCAUCAGGCUGCCCACUCAAGAGAAAGCUUCAAACUGUAACCAGUGCCUGCAACCUGGUUCAGGUUAUCAGUCAACCUACCAGGGUAGUUACAAACAGUACAGGAAUUAAAUCAUCAACAUGUAUUGAUCAUAUCUUUACUAAUGCUGCAGAGAUUUGUUUGAAAGCAGUAUCCAAAUCCAUUGGAUGUAGUGAUCACAAUAUAGUAGCCAUAUCUAGGAAAACCAAAGUUCCAAAGGCUGGGCCUAAUAUAUAUGUAUAAGAGGUCAUACAAUACGUUUUCUAGUGAUUCCUAUGUUGUUGAUGUAAAGAAUGUUGGUCCGUGGUGUGUAAUGAGGAGCAGACAGACACUGCACUUGACGCAUUUAUGAAAUUGCUAAUUCCAGUUACUAAUAAGCAUGCACCCAAUUUAAGAAAAUGACUGUAAAGACUUAAAUCCCCAUGGAUUGAUGAGGAAUUGAAAAAAUGUAUGGUUGAGAGGGAUAAGGCAAAUAAGUCUGGCUGCACAACCGAUUGGCAAACGAAUUGCAAAUUGAGAAAUGUGACUAAACUGAAUAAAAAGAAGAAACAACAUUAUGAAACAAGGAUAAAUGACAUUAAAGAAUGAUAGUAAAAAGUUUUGGAGCACCUUAAAUUACAUUUAGGGAAAAAAGGCAAACUCAGCUCCAUCAUUCAUUGAAUCAGAUGGCUCAUUCAUCACAAAACCAACUGAUAUUGCCAACUACUUUAUUUUUUUAAUUGGCAAGAUUAGCAAACUUAGGCAUGACAUGCCAGCAACAAUUGCUGACACUACACAUCCAAGUAUAUCUGACCAAAUUAUGAAAGUGAGUGUGAAAGAGGUGAAAAAAUGGUCUAUUAACAAUGACAAGCCACAGGUCUCUGACAACUUGGAUGGAAAAUUUCUGAGGAUAAUAGCGGACUAUAUUGCCACUCCUAUUUGCCAUAUUUUCAAUUUAAGCCUACUAUAAUGUAUGUGCCCCAAGGCUUGGAGGGAAGCAAAAGUCAUUCCACUACCUAAGAAUAGUAAAGCCACCUUUACUGGCUCAAAUAGCCAACCAAUUAGCCUGUUACCAACCCUUAGUAAACGAUUGGGGAAAAAAUAGGGUUUGACCAGAUACGAUGCUAUUUUACAGUACACAAGUUGACAACAAACUUUCAGCAUGCUUAUAGAGAAGGACAUUCAACAACCACAGCACUUACAUUUCUCUCAGCCCAUCAGUCAUUUGUGUAUGAAAAAGAUUGUGGGGGCUGUUUUGUUAGACUUCAGUGCGGCUUUUGACAUUAUCGAUCAUAGUUUUGCUGCUGGAAAAACGUAUGUGUUAUGGCUUUACACCCCCUGCUAUAAUGUGGAUAAAGAGUUAGACAAGUAACAGAACACAGAGGGUGUUCUUUAAUGGAAGCCUCUCCAACAUAAUCCAGGUAAAAUCAGGAAUUCUCCAGGGAAGCUGUUUAGGCCCCUUACUUUUUUCCAUCUAUACUAAAGCCAGUGUGUCUAUGUAUGCGGAUGACUCAACGCUAUACACGUCAGCUGCUACAGCAACUUAAAUAACUGCAACACUUAAGAGUUGCAGUUAGUUUCGGAAUGGGUGGCAAGGAAAUGUUAGUCCUAAAUAUUUCCAAAACUAAAAGCAUUGUAUUUGGGUCAAAUCAUUCACUAAACCCUAAACCUCAACUACAUCUCGUAAUGAAUAAUGUGGAAAUUGAGCAAGUUGAGGUGACUAAACUGCUUGGAGUAACCCUGGAUUGGAAACAUAUUAUUACAUAUAAUGGUGAAAAUGUAUUGAUACAACAGUAGCUAGGAUGGGGAGAAGUCUGUCCAUAAUAAAGCGCUGCUCUGCAUUCUUAACAGCACUAUCAACAAGGCAGGUCCUACAGGCCCUAGUUUUGUCACACCUAGACUACUGUUUAGUAGUGUGGUCAGGUGCCACAAGGAGGGACUUGGGAAAAUUGCAGUUGGCUCAGAACAGGGCAGCACGGCUGGCCCUCGGAUGUACACAGAGAGCAAACAUUAAUAAUAUGCAUGUCAAUCUCUCAUGGCUCAAAGUGGAGGAGAGUGACUUAAUCACUACUUUUUUUUUUUUUUUAAGAGGUGUAGACAGCUGUCUGUUUGGAAUGCUGGCACACAGCUCGGACACCCAUGCAUACCCGACGAGACAUGCCACCAGAGGUCUCUUCACAGUCCCCAAGUCCAGAACAGACUAUGGGAAACGCACAGUACUACAUAGAGCCAUGACCACAUGGAACUCUAUUCCACAUCAUGUAACUUAGUCAAGCAGUAAAAUCAGAUUUAAAAAAACAGAUAAAACUACACUUUCUGGAACAGCGCAGACUGUGAAGAGAGACACACACACACACACACACACAGCAUUCGCAAACACAUGCUAACACGCACUCUCAUCACACACAUUUUAAUAUUGUUAUUUUGCUGUACCAUUGAUUUUAUUGUUAAUAUGUUAUGGUAGACUAGUGUAAUAAGGUGUUAUGUAUUGUUUUAUUGCAUGUAAAUUGUGGUUGGACCCCAAGAAGAGUAGCUGCUGCCUUGGCAGUCGCUAAUGGGGAUCCGUAAUGACAAAUGGUACUACGGUAUUCUAAAAUGUUGGUAUCAUGACGUGUUGGUACCGUGGUAUGUCGCUUGUGGUAAGAUCUCUAUCCCUGUACACUUCCCCAGAUGUGGACUAGAGCUCCAAGCUUUGGAGAAGGUGAAGAAUCUGAGUGCAUCUUCAGAAAAGGAGAAGGCUGCAGGGCAGGUGGAGACUGGCUGGGAGGUUGUCAUGGAGAAGAAUAACUUCAAAGUGUGGAGGCGGUCCAUUGAGGGAAGCCACUUGUGGGAAUACAGAGGUCAGUCUGCAUUGUCACUUAUAGCUUUGUUGAUACCCAGAACAUGCAGUAUACAGUGCAUUUGGAAAGUAUUCAGACCCCUUCACCUUUUCCACAUUUUGUUAUGGUACAGCCUUAAUCUAAAAUUGAUUAAAUAAAAACAUUUCCUCGUCAAUCUACACACAAUACCCCAUAAUGACAAAGCGAAAACAGGUGUUUAGAAAUGUUUGCAAAAAAAACAAAGUAUUCAGACCCUUUGCUAUGAAACUUGAAAUUGAGCUCCGGUGCAUCAUGUUUCCAUUGAUCAUCCUUGAUGUUUCUAUAACUUGAUUGGAGUCCACCUGUGGUAAAUUCAAUUGAUUGGACAUGAUUUGGAAUGUCUUAAAAAGGUCCCACAGUUGACCGUGCAUGUCAGAGAAAAAACCAAGCCAUGAGGUCGAAGGAAUUGUCCGUAGAGCUCCGAGACAGGAUUGUGUCGAGGCACAGAUCUGGGGAAGGGUACCAGAAAAUGUCUAACAUUGAAGGUCCAGUGGCCUCCAUUCUUAAAUGGAAGAAGUUUGGAAUCACUAAGACUCUUCCUAGAGCUGGCCGCCCGGCCAAACUGAGCAAUCUGGGGAGAAGAGCCUUGGUCAGGGUGGUGACCAAGAACCCGAUGGUCAUUCUGACAGAGCUCUAGAGUUUUCUGUGGAGAUGGGAUAACCUUCCAGAAAGACAAUCUCUGCAGCACUCCACCAAUUAGGACUUUAUGGUAAAGUGGCCAGACGGAAGCAACUCCUCAGUAAAAGGCACGACAGCCCGCUUUGAGUUUGACAAAAGGCACCGAAAGGACUCUCAGACCAUGACAAACAAGAUUCUCUGGUCUGAAGAAACCAAGAUUGAACUCUUUGACCUGAAUGGAGGAAAUCUGGCACCAUCCCUACGGUGAAGCAUGGUGGUGGCAUCAUGCUGUGGUGAUGUUUUUCAGCAGCAGGGACUGGGAGACUAGUCAGGAUCAAGGGAAAGUUGAACAGAGCAAAUUACAGAGAUAUCCUUGAUGAAAACCUGCUCAGGACCUCAGACUGGGGCAAAGGUUCACCUUCCAACAGGACAACGACACUAAGCACACAGCCAAGACAACGCAGGAGUGGCUUCGGGACAAGUCUCUGAGUGGCCCAGCCAGAGCCCGGACUUGAACCCGAUCGAACAUCUCUGGAGAGACAUGAAAAUUGCUGGGCAGUGAUGCUCCCCAUCCAACCUGACCGAACUUGAGAGGAUCUGCAGAGAAGAAUAGGAGAAACUCCCCAAAUACAGGUGUGACAAGCUUGUAGCGCCAUACCCAAGAAGACUCGAGGCUGUAAUCACUGCCUAAGGUGCUUCAACAAAGUACUGAGUAAAGGGUCUGAAUACUUAUGUAAAUGUUUCAGUUUAAAAAAUAAUUAAAUUGCAAAAAGUAUUUGCUUUGUCAUUAUGGGGUAUUGUGUGUAGACGUUAACAAAAUAUGGAAAAAGUCAAGGGGUCAUAAUACUUUCCAAAUACCUUUUUCUAUUUGAUUAUGGCAUGUCAUAAUUUCAUCAACCUUUUUGAUGUACAUUUGCACUCUUUUCCCUCUUCUUAUUGCCAUGAUCAUCAUCUUCAUGUCAUCAUUAACACUCAACACACUUUUCCCUCUAAUCUUUUCACAGUUUUGGGUUCUUACAACGAUGUCACCCCCAGACAGUUCUUCAAUGUUCAGGUACUAAGCUAGUUUAUUUUAUGCUAACUGUCUUGACUUGGUGUAAUAGUUAAUUUUGAAUACAAAAAACAAAACAUUUGUGUGCAAGAGGAAACCUGUGCUUUCACUAACCAGGUUUCCAUGUCAGUGGAAACGCUUUAAUCGAAGUAAACUUAGUCACGCAAUGACAUGUUUUGUGGUCCUCCCACUACGACUUUUCGGGAAAGCAUGUAGUUUAUUAGGGUACAGAUGAAAAAAUGAUGAACUUCACAGGGUGGUUGAAAGUGCAAGGUUAUGAGCUUGAUGCUUCUUUCCAAUAAAUAUGAAGGGUCUUAUUCUGGUGACGUGAUCAUUGAUGCUUGGCUGCCAUUUGACAAAUAAAAAAUAAUAUCACUUUUUUGUCCUUAAUAAUCUCACUGUAUCUGCAAGCUAUUGACGAGAGCGCAUGUGCCAAUACCAGAGUGGGGGAACUCGCUAUAUAACGCACCAUUUAUUUGUGAGCAAACCAUCGGUAGAGUUAAAUGCUAUGGAAACUCAUUGCAUUUGUCUUUUUUUAUUCGGUACAUGGAAAUGUAACUGCAAAAGGUGUUUAUGUGCACUACAUCACACACCCUUUUAUCCCCAACAAGUCAAUUUAAUGGAAACUUAGGGAAAAUGUGCAAAUUGUUUUUAUGCUGAUUUUAACAUUCACAUGAAAAAUCUGUUGCCAAUUGGAUGGAAACCUAGCUAAUGAACCUGUUAAGAAAUUAUUCUGUAGAAUAUGUGCAAGUGGUUUUGUGUACAUUCAGCACCAGAUGUCCUGAAUGUUCAUACGCUCUCUUUGCGUGUCUGUGCUUAUCUCUGUACUUAGCUCGUUUUGUACAUGUCUGUUUACCCAAAUGCCCUUGGUGGAGUGUAAGGUUUGUGUGGAGAUAUGUAGCUCUAGGUGUUGCGUGUGUGCUAAAUUAAGCAUCUGUUCCUCUCGUCUCACGCUCUGCCCUUUGCCGCAGUUGGACACAGAGUACAGGAAAAAGUGGGAUGCUCUAGUUCUUAAGCUGGAGGUGGUGGACAGGGACGUCAACACCGGCUCAGAGGUUGUGCACUGGGCCACACAUUUCCCUGUAAGUUCCCCCUGCCAACUUGCACACUAGAAAUGCAGAACUCGUUUCCUCAGUGGUUUCUCUGUUACAAUGUAACAUUUAUAUACUGAGUGCUGCAUGUUUUUGCCUUGCUCAUGUGUUCUCGAGUUGAUUAUUACAGAUGUAUGCAAGCAUACAGUAUUAUAUUUUAUGACGAGAAAGCAAUGUUUCCCUGAAAUAAGGGCUGUGUCAUAGUCCACAGAUGGCAACAACUAGUUAUCCUACAUUUGUUGGAUUUUUUAUUUGUUGUAUUAUCUUCCCACAGUAUCCCAUGUACUCGAGAGACUAUGUUUAUGUGCGUCGCUAUGACGUUGAUGUGGAGAAUAAUCUGAUGGUCCUGAUCUCCAGGUGAGUGACUUCAUGUCAAAUAGUUCUAUUGAAAUUAGGGCUGUCAAACAAUUUAAAAUAAUGAAUCAAGUUAAUCGCAUUGUUUUCUGUUGGUAACUACAAUUAAUCAUUUUUUUUUAUUUAUUAUUGAAAUAUGACCCUAAUUAAAGAUGUUUCCAUUUAAACCACAUUGGGUUGUAGGUAUAAUAUAUUUUGAUUUAUAGGGGAAUAAAGCCCCAAAUGAACUAAAUUCUAAGACCAUAACAUCAUCCAGGUUUAUGUUAAAUCUAGCCUAGGCUACUUCUAAUCUGUUCUUCCAACAUGAACUAGUCAAGCUUCUACCUACUUGCGAAUUGGGAUAAAUUGCUUAAAUCUUUUGAUCUGAGAACUAUAACUGUGUAAAAUUAUUGAGUUGAAUCUAGAGGCAUUCAGCCAUGCAUGGCAUUCUAAAUGUUCUCAUUUGGUUAGCUAACAUUAAAUUAAAGGGAUACUUUGGGAUUUUGGCAAUGAAGCCCUUUAUCUUCUUCCCCGGAGUCAGAUUAACUCAUGGAUACCAUUUUUAUGUCUUUGCAUCCAGUAUGAAGGAAAUGAGGUAGUUUUGCGAGUCAAUGCUAACUAGCGUUAGCGCAAUGACAAAGUCUAUGGUAUCUACUGGCAGUUACCAUAGAAUUCCAGUCAUUGUGCUAAUGCUAGUUAGCAAUUGCACAAACACUAGUUAGCAACUUCCUUCAAACUGUACGCAGAAACAUACAAAUGGUAUCCACGAGUUCAUCUGAGUCUUGGGAAGUAAGAAGUUUGUCUUCAUUGCCAAAAUCCUGAAGUAUCCCUUUAACUAGCUAGCUACUUCUGUGCAAAUGUUUUUUCUGUUAUCUAAAGAAACGCCUGGGAAUGUGUUUAUGGUUGAACUUUCUGUACGUUUUCCUUCAAAUGUGUUGCAUAGUGUAGAGUGAACAGACGUCCCCAAUUUUGGUGGCCUAUCCCGACAAUGUCCCCAAUUAGCCCUAUACAAGUAUUUGAAAGGGCUAGGAAAAAUGGAAUAUUGUUCCAUGACAUGUUUUUUUAUUUCCACGAAUCUACAAAAUCUGGUCAUUUUAGCAUAGUGGAUGUUUUAGCAUCACAAGAGCGACUUCUAGCUGCUGACUGAGUGGACAAGAACGUGUUGCGCUCAAAAGGGUCUGUGCGGAAAAAAUUGAUGUGAUUAAAUGCGUCAAAGGUAUGGCGUUACUGUCAACUUAACUAACGUGUUAACUUUGACAGCCCUAAUUCAAAAACGUGUGCAUUAUGGGUUUUUACUUUACCUUCUAUAACAGUAUUUUGAAUGUUUGGUUUAUUAAAUGUGAUAUGCUGUGUGUGUAAUGUCAAUUUUUAUAGUUUACACCGCUACUUGAGUCAUACCUCUCUGCUCUCUCGCCAUGCCUCUUUCCACACAGACCUAGCCCCGCCCCGUCAUUCAAGGAGCGCAUUUGUUGUUCCUUGACCACGAGACACUUGCAUUCAGUCUUCAUGGUCAAUGCAACAAUGUUGAUGACAACGAUGUUUCCAUUUUGCUUCUUAAUAUAAAUCCACAAGCGUUAUCUAAUUACACUAAUUUGUCUUUUUCUUAGCAAGUUUUAGCUAAAUCAUGUUAGCCGCUAAUGCUAAUAAAUGUACUGAGUCAGCACAAAAGUAGCUAGCUAAUACAGCCUGAUACCAGUGCUGGUGUAGGCUUAAAUCAGCAUGUUUGUGCAACGGUAUCUUCUAAAUCAGAGAGGAAUAGGCAAAGCAUUCAUGUUGGCUACAUGAAUAAACAUUUAAUUUAGCCAAAGAUUAUAGGGUCCCCUAGGAAACACUGACCAUCACUUUGUUUCCUACCCUGUCACAAUAACUCUGUCCUGGCAUUUUCAUUCGUUGUCAUGUCUAACAACACUGUAUUAAAAUUGCCUACUGUUAUUUAUAUUCUAACUAUAGAAUUAGAAUGAAGUCUAUUUACAUGAGUCCAACAGUUCACCCAAGUGUUUUCAUCUAAAUCGCAAGUCAAAUCGCAAUUGUAACAUUUGGUUAAAAAUAAGGCCUAGUUAUUUUUGCCCAUAUUGUGCAGUCCUACGUGGCAGUGUGGAAAUUCUCAUGAGUGCAGGAAAUUAUUUUGGGUUGAAUUGAACAAUAUAAAACAAUCAGAAUGGAGAGACUCAUUGAAAUCACUUAGAAUGUAUGUGUUGUCACAAACUACUGUGAUAUUUUGGCCAUAUCACCCAGCUCUACGUUUCAUAUUUUUUGUGUUUAUUUUUGUUGUUGCUUGGAAUCUUUUUUGUUUUGCUCUCUCCUCUCCCAUCCUUUUUUUGUGCCAUUUUAGAGCGGUUCAGCAUCCUGGAGUCCCAGAAACUCAGGACUACGUCAGAGUCCACUCAUACCAGUCCAAGAUGGUCAUCCGCCCUCACAAGACCUUCGAUGAGGUGAAUAUCAUAAAACAUAGAUAAUGUCACCAUAGGGCAAGAUUUUAGUUCUAUGCUGUUUGUGUGCAUGUUGGAUUACAGUAUCUGACCUUGUCAUGUCGUCCUGUCCCACAGAAUGGCUUUGACUACCUUCUGACCUACAGCGACGACCCUCAGACCGCCUUUCCCCGCUACUGUGUGAGCUGGAUGGUGUCCAGUGGUGAGCUCUCGUUCUCCUUGUUUCUCUUCACUAAGCUUAAUGAUUAUCCCUAGGUGUAAACUGAAUGUAGUCAUUGUUGGAAUAUCAACAAUAAAAACAUUUUUUAUCUGAAGCGACACAGAAGUGCUUCACUGAAGGGCAGUAGGGCACAAAAGUAACAAUCAAAUCCUGAUCUUUCCAUCAAAUGCAGCCACUGACUAUGCACAAUUAUUGAGACGUAACUCAAUGGGCGAGGGAUCAUUUUAUUUUUAGCCUGAGGUAGCUGGGCUAUAGUAAUUGGCUGAUUUCAACAUGACCAACGAACUGGAUCUGUUGGUAUUGUAGCUCAGUGCUUUGCUUCAUGGUCUGAUUUUACUUUUGUUAUCUGGAUGGAAAGUCACCUUCGGGCCUAUUCAAUUAAACCCUUUUAAAAGUAAAACAAAAACAGUAGGUCAUUGUGGUCUACAGUCUUCACUGCUAUCAUAUGGUUUUCCCUGUGGUUGUAUGUUAUCCUCGUUCCUGGUUAUCAACUGUUGCCCUCCUCCCUCAUAGGUAUGCCUGACUUUCUGGAGAAACUUCAUACUGCAGCCCUUAGGGCUAAGAACCUGGAGGUAGGGAUCUUCGACUACGCCAGUGUCAUAAAGUCCAACGACACCAAGCACCAGCCCAGCCAGGACCGCCUUGGGGACAACACUCGCCCUGGGCAGAUCUAUGCCUAA